AUGUUUCCAGUGAAUAAAUCUCUACGUGCACAAAAUUCAUAUUCAAAUAGAAGGAUUUUUUAUUUAUGCUUUCUUUCCCAUCACCAUUUUUCAGAGGUCGACUCAGUAAAAAAUCACCACCAUACAUCCAGUCCUGAAGAUUCAUUGUCUGAUGUGCUUUCAGGUCAAUUUUUCGAUUUGGAAAUCAAAAAUACUUGCAGCAUUCCUAUAAGUUUAAAUGAUUUGAUCAAAGCUUGGUUAUGUAUGUGGCAUAAUGGUCUAUUUCCAAAUCCUGAACAGAUUGAUUUAAAUCUGGAUACAAGACAGCGACCUCCUCUGAAAUGGUGUCUCACUAUAGCUAAUAUAUGGAGUGAUUUAUUUCUACGACGUGUAGCUGUAUUCGCUAUGGCAUUACUCGGGGAUCUUGUACAAGAAGAAAAUAAGGCGAAACGAUCACUGAGUGAUAAGUUCGACGAAUCGGUUGUAUACACUGGAAGUAAUGGUCAUAUCAGUGGAAUUCGAAGCUUUGAUGUUACUCAUCAGGAUGAAACAGACUCUGGUAUAAAAGACGGAGAUAUGAAUGGUUUACCAAGUGAUUCAAGGGAUCCAUUAUUAACAUGGGAUGAUAUGUUAUGGAUAGCAAAAGUAAGUUAA